GAUAAUAAAUGAAUCACGAAGACAGAAGGGAAAGCAAGCAGAGCGAAUCUGGUUCACGCAACCCGUCCCAGAGUCCAAGAACAAAGAACAAAGAACGAACUGUUGCAGUGUAACUCUUGCCAUGCUGGAAAGUUAGGAGAGAGCCAGAAUUUGGGAGAAAGAAGGGAAUGUACGACAGCUCUGAAUCCGAAUCGGUAUUUGAGCGUAACAGAAUGGCGGGUGGCGAUGAGGAGAGGUCCUUUAAGAGCUGGGCCAAACAAACUGAGGAGAGCUAUCAGCUGCAGCUUGCACUCGCCCUUCGACUCUCUUCUCAGUCCGCUUCUUUCUCGGAUCAUCUCUCUACCUCUCCCUCUUCUCAGACACUCUCGCACCACUUUUGGGUAAAUGGUUGUUUGCAAUACACUGACAAAAUUCUUGAUGGCUUUUACCUAAUCCAUGGGAUGGAUGCAUAUACAUGGUCUAUAAGUACUGAUCUGCAGAAUGUUGGUAUGAUUCCAUCAUUUGAAUCACUGAUGUCAGUUGAACCUAGUGAUGACUCAUCGAUCGUAGUGGUUGCUAUCGAUAAAUCUAGAGAUCCUGGUUUAAGAGAACUGCAAAGUAGGGUAGUAAGUCUUUCAAAUAACUGGAUCACAACGAGAGAUGCAACUGACCAGCUUGCAAAUCUUGUUUGCAGUAGGAUGGGGGGAGGAUCUUUAACUGAGGAAAAUUUAGGUACACGCUGGAAGGAAUGCACCCAACUUCUUAAAAGCUGUCUGCAUUCUGUCAUUCUUCCUCUUGGAAGCUUACCCAUCGGCCUUUGUGUCCAUCGAGCAUUGCUGUUUAAAGUGUUAGCUGACUUAAUCAAUUUACCAUGCCGUAUUGCUAAGGGCUGCAAGUAUUGUAGGGAGGAUGUGGGUGCUUCAUGUAUAGUGCAAUUUGGUUCUGACAGGGAGUAUAUGGUUGAUUUAGUUGGGAGGCCUGGGGCAACUUACCAACCUGAUUCUUCACUGAAUUCUGCAUCUUCAAUGUUGGUCCCUUCACCAUUAUGUCAUCCAAAGUUCAAGCCGGUUGAAACAGCUGAAUAUACAAAGACACUAGCUCAAUUGUAUUUCUUGGACAGUCAAGCAUUGCAUCUUGUAUUUGAUACCACAUCAGGACCUGCUGUUAAUCAUAGUGACAGAAUGGAUCUACAACAAACUGAUGCUUUGGGUGCAAAUUAUGCUGGUGGAAACAACCAUCUGAUUGCUUUGAUUCCUGGUGCAGAGGAAGAUGAGUCUUUCAAUGAAGCAGAGCAGCCAGUAAUGGAUUAUCCAAGUCACGAAGUUGAUCUUGACAAAGAGGAUCUGGAUAUUCCAUGGAGUGAACUUAUUUUGAAGGAGAACAUUGGCACAGGGUCAUUUGGAACUGUUCUUCGUGCAGAUUGGCGUGGUUCCGAUGUUGCUGUGAAGAUUCUUAAAGUGCAAGGUUUUGAUCAUGAGCGAUUUGAAGAAUUUCUGAAGGAGGUCUCUCUCAUGAAGCGUCUACGGCAUCCAAAUAUUGUACUUUUGAUGGGUGCAGUUAUUCAACCACCAAAGUUAUCAAUAGUAACAGAAUAUUUGUCAAGAGGCAGUUUGUAUGAACUUCUCCACAUGCCCAAUGUUGGAUCAUCACUUAGUGAGAGACGUCGUUUAAGUAUGGCUUAUGAUGUGGCAAGUGGAAUGAAUUAUCUUCAUCAAAUGAGACCUCCCAUUGUUCAUAGAGAUUUGAAGUCUCCAAAUCUUUUGGUUGAUGAUUCAUACACUGUUAAGGUGUGUGACUUUGGCCUUUCACGUACAAAGGCAAACACGUUUCUUUCAUCUAAAACAGCAGCUGGGACUCCUGAAUGGAUGGCACCCGAAGUCAUCCGAGGUGAACUGUCAAAUGAAAAAUGUGAUGUAUUCAGCUUUGCUGUAAUCUUGUGGGAACUAGUGACCCUGCAACAACCAUGGAGACUAUUAAAUCCUUCACAGGUUGUUGCAGCAGUUGGUUUUAUGGACAAAAGGUUAGAGAUUCCAAGACAAGUGAAUCCUGAUGUGGCUGCCUUGAUUCAGCUCUGCUGGGCAACGGAACCCUGGAGACGACCUUCUUUUUCUUAUAUUAUGAAAUGUUUGCGGCAAAUAAUUGUUGAUGCUGAAGGGUGAAUAAGUUCAUGCUGAUAUACAGAAGACAAAUAGCAAUAUUGAACAAGGAAAUAAACGAGAUUACAAUUUAUUAAGGACUUUGUUGUUGCUGAAGAACUAAACCGUAUCGUUUUAUAAAGUAACCUGCUACCAACUUUUGUUGCAUGUGUUAUUUAUAUAAUUAUUAUUCACACCAUUUAUGACAGGUCUGGAAUGUGAUUAGAAUGUAUGAUUCUGGAAUGUAUUUAGAACUUAUAUGUAUAUUUUUAUCUUUUAUGAGUCUCAUUCCUAUA